UGUGGGCUGCCUACCACCAUUUUCAUCUUUAGUUGUUUUCAGCCUUAAUUGAUUUCAGCCUUAGUAUUAAUUGUUUUCAGCCUUAGUAUUCAUUGUUUUCAGCCUUAGUAUUCAUUGUUUUCAGCCUUAGUAUUAAUUGUUUUCAGCCUUAGUAUUCAUUGUUUUCAGCCUUAGUAUUCAUUGUUUUCAGCCUUAGUAUUCAUUGUUUUCAGCCUUAUUAGUAUAUGUUGAUUUCAGGCAUAGUUGUUUUCAGCCUUAAUUGAUUUCAGCCUUAGUGUUCGUUGUUUACAGCCUUAGUAUUAAUUGUUUUCAGCCUUAGUAUUCAUUGUUUUCAGCCUUAGUAUAUGUUGUUUUCAGCCUUAGUAUUAAUUGUUUUCAGCCUUAGUAUUCAUUGUUUUCAGCCUUAGUAUUCAUUGUUUUCAGCCUUAGUAUUCAUUGUUUUCAGCCUUAUUAGUAUAUGUUGAUUUCAGGCAUAGUUGUUUUCAGCCGUAGUGUAUGUUGUUUUCAGCCUUAGUAUAUGUUGUUUUCAGCCUUAGUAUUCAUUGUUUUCAGCCUUAGUAUUCAUUGUUUUCAGCCUUAUUAGUAUAUGUUGAUUUCAGGCAUAGUUGUUUUCAGCCUUAAUUGUUUUCAGCCUUAGUAUUAAUUGUUUUCAGCCUUAGUAUUAAUUGUUUUCAGCCUUAGUAUUCAUUGUUUUCAGCCUUAGUAUUCAUUGUUUUCAGCCUUAGUAUUCAUUGUUUUCAGCCUUAGUAUUCAUUGUUUUCAGCCUUAGUAUUAAUUGUUUUCAGCCUUAGUAUUAAUUGUUUUCAGCCUUAGUAUUAAUUGUUUUCAGCCUUAGUAUUCAUUGUUUUCAGCCUUAGUAUUAAUUGUUUUCAGCCUUAGUAUUCAUUGUUUUCAGCCUUAGUAUUCAUUGUUUUCAGCCUUAUUAGUAUAUGUUGAUUUCAGGCAUAGUUGUUUUCAGCCGUAGUAUAUGUUGACUGUUUUAUGUUGACACACUGUGGCUGUUGGAGGCUUUGCGUAUUUUGACCAACUGAAUUGACAGAUACUGGAAUCUUAUUAAUAAGCCGUGUGAUGUUGGACGUCCUGAUAAUAGGUGGAGGACCCCAGGCCCUGACCCUGGCCACCCUGCUGUCCUGUCCAGACCAGGCCCUGACCCCACCUCCCCCCAACACAGACAUCCUCCAGGGGAUCCAGUUCAGCCAGGGCAGGGCCAAGACCAGCCGCUCUAAGAGCAAGAGAGGAGGAGCUACCCGACAGCAGACAGCCGAGCCCGAGGAGCAGGCCACUCCAGACCCAGAGUCAGUUACAUCUUGCCCUCUGCUGGCCUUCAGAGUGGUGGACUCAUACGGAACAUGGACCUCGCUGUGGGAGAGCCAGUUCAGAGCACUCAACAUCCCUCACCUUCGCUCACACACCCUGGUGCACACAGACCCACUCAAUAAGAGGGCUUUGCAGGAGUUUGUUCUGGAGAAGGAUCGGACAGCGGAGCUACACUGCCUCCCUGACCACACCUUCAUUCUGGAUGAGAACGCCUUCUUCAACGACAUGCGUCUGGGCAAGAAGGACAGGAGGAGACUGAGCAGCAGCAGAGGCCUACAGAAGAGCCUGUACUUUAGCCUGCCAGGCACCAGGCUCAGUGUGGACUUCUUCAUGCAGCAGGUGGACAAAUAUGGCCUGGACAGUGUCCUGACAAAGGGCACAGUGGACAGACUGACCCCUGUCAUGUCAGAAGGAAUUGUGACAUCAUUCAGGGUAUUCCUUCAGAACGGGGACGUCCUCGAGGCAAGGCGGGUAGUCAUGGCGACCGGGCCGACCCGUGCCCAGAUGGCCAACAUUCCUUUCUGGGUGUCGUCCAUAGCGGAGAGCUACCCUGAGGAACGCCUGCAGCACACCGUACAGCUCAUGCACCACCACUCACGGUCAACACGGCAACAGGAACCAAGAAGCCAGAACCAGGAACAGGAAGAGAGUUCUUCUUCUCUCUUAUCAGCAGGUCCCUAUGUGGUGUGUGAGCCUGGCCAGAGGGUGAUGGUGGUUGGUGGAGGCCUGACCAGCGCUCAUGUCAUCUCCAUCGCUCUGCAGCAAGGAGCCAGUCAUGUGACCUGGGUGAUGCGCAAACACUUACAGCUGAAGCAGUUUGACGUGGGUGACGUGGAAAGCCUGGUGGGCCGGUACUCCCAUGUGGAGCAUGGCAUCAAGAUGGACGGCCUGGCCUACCUGCGCCAGUUCUACAACGAGAGCAGCGUCCAUAAGAGACUGGCCAUGAUCAGACAGGCCAGGAAGGGAGGGGCAGUUACACCUGAGGCCUACGCAGCCCUGCAGCCCUACAUCCAGACUGGACAGCUGUCUGUCCGAGCAUACUGCCAGGUGACUGAAGCUAAGUGGUGCUAUGACAGCCAGGUGUGGAGACUGUCACUGUGUGGACAGAAUGGCUAUGAGACUUGGACUGGGGACAGGAUAUGGCUGGCUACAGGAUGCAAACUGGACGUCAACCAAGACCCUAUGCUCUCUUCUGUCAUCAAGGAAUUCCCUAUUCAGGUCCUGGAUGGCUGGCCUUGUAUAUCUGAGAGCUUGCAGUGGGCUCCAGGCUGUCCUCUGUACCUGAUGGGACAGUACACAGCACUUCAGGUUGGUCCGCACGCGCUGAAUCUGGCAGGAGGACAGGCUGCAAGCGCGCGCAUCGCGAAGGACAUAAUAUUCCAGCACAGCCGGAGUCGUUACGGAGGGACAGGGACACAAACCACCGUGGAGAGAGCACACACAGAAGAAUACAUUCAGCAGAUGCACGGGCUGAUGUGGUUAUGAUUAAAGACCUUAGCGCAAGUAAUGUUUUGAUGUCAAAGGGAGAUUUACGCAACGAUAAAUCAUGGAUUCAGCUGCCUUCCUAGUUGAGAAUAAACUACACCUCACCCCAUCCUAGCUCCGAAUAAACUCCCCCCCCCUUCCUAAUAAACUGCACCUCACCCCUUCUUAUCUGAGAAUGAACUAACCCUCCCUCUUUUUUUAUUCAAACUAAUCCCUUGCGGUCAAUCACGCCCUUCAUGUCCGUACAUGCGCAACAGAUGCAGUGUUGGUAACCGCGACAACAACAUGACUGCGCUUGGAAGAUGAUAGGCUUAUAAUUCUGUUGUUGCCUACACACUGGGAGGAUUUGACAGCCUACAUUACGUGCUUG